UUAGAAAUAAUACUCUGACUUUCCAGCUACUUCCUGUUUAAAUACAGACAAUACAGAUUUCUGCAUUAUUAAGGAAGGCUUUGAGGAGCAAGGCAAAGUAUGUUUAAGAAACUCAAAGGUUGUUAUGAAACUUUCAUUAAGUCCCUUUUCUCUUCUGAGGAGGAUGAGCCUGAUGAUUCAACUGACAGUGUUUUUAACAGGCAAAAUAUUAUAGUAUAUGGCACUCAGCUGAGAAGUACAGAGCUGCCCAUGGAGCAGAGAGCCAAAGCGGCAGCUAGCAUCGGACUGCUAGCAUACACAGGUACCAGCACAAGCAGGGGCACUGAAAUUGAAAUUCUUCUUUGCUGUUCCAGGAUAAUUUAUUUAGAGAAAAUAAUCGUCUACCAGCUUCGUGCUGAGUCCAUGUGUGGAGGCUUCCUGUUGAAAUGUCUGGCAUCUGAGGGAGUUCUAAGUCUCUAUAUGACAACACUGAAGUCUAAAACACUCAAAAUCUCAUCCUCAUCAGAUCACAGGCAUUUUAAGUUAGAAGUGGUAGGGCCCAACAUAGCAGCAGAUGGGCCUCAGUUCUAUGAAAGUGAGCCAAAUGCUGGAACAUAUGCUUCAGAGUAUAUUCAGGACCUAUAUGAUAUCUUGCUGCUGCCAGAUAUUUCAGCCAAAGUGAAGAUCCUAGUGCUGCAAGGGCUGGCUGGUAUCUGCUACAUAAAUUACAACAACCAAAACAAAGCAAAAGACUUAAAUCUCACUGAUGCUGUUCUUGCUUGCCUUGAAGACGACAAAGUUUCCUCUUCAGAUAAGCCAGAGGGCAUCUUGGUUAAAUCCUGGACCUGUUACUUCCUGACUGUCAUGUGUUACAACAAUAUCCCUUACAUUAAAAUACUUCAUGAAAAGGGAGGUGAAAUGCUAGAAAAUAAGCUGGAACUCCUGGCUAGCUUGGACUGGUCUAGUUGGCCAUGUAAUUAUGCAGAAUUAUUAUCCUCCCUUCUAGGGUUUCAGAAGUCUCAAAAUACUUCCAAUACUUAAAAUGUAUCAGCGCUCUUGAGAAUUGUUAUAAUCUGAAGCUAACUGACAUAAUCAUUUACAUGGCAUAAUAAAAAAUUAAGAAUGUUAAACUG